GCAUAGGUCUGGACACAAGACAUGAUCUCACACCCCUAGAGCUUCGAUAAAUAAGAACGACACCAUUUCUUGAACAAGGCCAAUCUGGAGGUAGCCCGUUUCCUGCCUUCAUUCCACGGCAUCCUGCCCAGACUUGCUCCUGACUGGUAACUUUAGCUUAUACCUUUGUUGUCUAACAAAAGUCACACACCAGACCAAUACCGCCCAAGCCUUCUUCAUGGCUCCGAAUCACCAUCAGCCAAGGGUAGACCCUGUGAAAGAAGGACUCACCAGCUACGCCGUCGGAGAAAAUGAUGCUGCCUCGUAUCAGGUGCCGACUUCUACAUCUAAUAUGAAUCCCUAUCCCGAGACACAUACCGACGACAUCUGGGAAGAAAACGAUUACUUUCCAACUGCCUACCAUGAUCUCACUAGCAAAAACUCACGCGCCUCACUCGCCUCGACAUCUAGACGGAGCUCAGCUGCUCCCAGCAUCUUUUCGACUGCUGGCCUAAGAAUUUCCACUGCCUCGACGGUAUACUCGCGGUACUCAGUUCGACAACACUCACUGGACUCGGCGGACCCUAAUUUGUCUGCGACACCUUGUAGUUCUGAGAAAUGCGAUGACGGCUUCAACACCGACGACUACCCACCUCGCUAUUAUUGCACAUUUUGCGACGCCAUGUUUGCGUAUCCUGGACAGUGGAGGGAUCACGAACUCAAGGACCACGACAGACCCGAGGAGCAUCUGUGCUCCAUUUGCCACGAUUCUUUCCCAGAACGGCCAUCCCUUGCAUCCCAUUGUCGAGAUGUCCACAACCUUGCUUCUCCCCCAACGACUGAACACAUAGUCAAGCUACCAACAAGAGGAGCUUGGGGAUGUGGAUUCUGCGGUGCCUUUGUGCAGUCACGUCCUGACUACCUAGAUCACGUCGGCAGGCACUGCGAAGAAGGCAUGCAACGAGCCCAUUGGCAGCACUCCUCUGUGAUUCGUGGCCUCCUAAAACAGCCAAAGAUAGUGGCAGCAUGGAAUCAUUUGGUCUUGAAUCACGAGCGGGACCGAGGUACCAAGUUGCAUUUUACGUGGGACGAACACACAACCGGACGACACGCGGCCACGGAGGAUGAUGACGCGCAGAAUCCCUCUCGGCUGCAAGAUAUACUCGAGUUCUUCGCAAAUGGCUCUUCGGAUCCCCAGAGCAUCGCGCAAUACGCCUUUAACGUGGCUCAAAUAAGGACCGAACAGAACGUCAGCAGCCUCGUCAAGGCGUAUUACUCCCAUGGCUUGCGCCCGUUGACGGAGAGUCCAGUCGAUAUCAGUUCAUCUCUAGUCGAUGGGAUGGGCCGCCUAAACCUCGAGCCAUCAUCGCCCCAAACCAGUGAAAUGAAUCCGGACAAUCCUGUAUUGGCCGAUUCUUCCCCAAUUCCUGUGCCAUCGACUAGGGCAGCUUUCACUGCAGCGUUUCCUUCUCAAACCACUGUCGUAGAAUCCGGACUAUUUGCCGCUUGGGACCCCUACGUUCGCGCCCAAUCCAAGGCAAGCCCAAUUCGAGAAACGGACAUCGCAUCGCAUCGCACAAGCCCGCCAAACACCACAGAGAGCGCUUCUUUUCCUGUGACCAAGACCAAUGUAUUUUCACGCUUGAAGUCGAGUCCAUCACCAAUGGGAAAAGGGCUACGUCGGAUAGAUAGCGAUAGACAUCUUGAUGCUCUCAAACCUGGAGCUGCGGACUUGGCCCGAGGGGAAGAUAUUCAACGUCCACGGACUGCUUUGGCCUCAGAUUACACCGGACCCCCAACCGCAGUAUCUGCGGAACAUGGCGUAGAAGCCAGUCAGCAACCCUCCCUUUCAGAUGCUUUGCUUGAACUUGCUCCCAGGAACAACGUCGUUCGCAAGGACUGGCUGCUUGUUCCGAAGCCAGGGAGCGGCUCUUCCAUUGGGUCGCCGUCUGUCUCGAGCAUGCAAUCUGGUAACCCUAGGAACAGAUUCUUGACCCUUGACGAUAGCACUAGUGAACGUGUCUCAGAUGACAGUUUAUCUGAUCCAGACCUCUGGGCAGAACACGACAUCAGCAAUGACAACAGCAGAGUCUGGAGCAAAGCCUAUCAGCAGGCCAUCAACACGGUGCUACAACGAACUUGGUUCCAGUAUAACCAAAACUGGGAUGCAUUGAUCAGAUCAUGUGUUGGGAGUGUAGGGAGCAGCAACAUCGACAGGAUGGAUCCAUAUCGAGCAGGGAAGGCCACCCCGUCUCGGCGAAGGCCGGGUGGAAGCCUCCGACCUCCAAGUUCUCGGCGAACCCCCGACGACGAUGACGAUGACGACGAUGAUGACGGCAGUCAGCCCUCGCCUUAUGCUUCCAGGCCUGGGUCCGCAACAUCGAAGAGAUUUGCUUGCCCGUUCCGUAAGCACAAUCCAGAAAAGUACAACCGUGUGGAUUAUGAUAUUUGCGCGAACAAGGACUGGCCGACCAUUCCAAGGCUAAAGGAGCAUCUCUAUCGGAGACACUACAAGAUCCAUUGUCAACGGUGCAAGCAAACUUUCAGCGAUGCGAGACAGCUCACGAUUCACGAGAUGGCCCCGGAAGCUUGCGAACUCCUCGAUGUCAAACCGCCUGGAGACAUUACCACAUCACAAGAACGGCAGCUCAAGUCCAGGAAGCAUACACAUCGGCGCCAGAGCGACGAAGAGAAAUGGAGAGAGAUUUAUCGACUGCUGUUCCCCAACGAUAUUGUGCCGUCACCUUAUCCCGAAUACGCAGAGGAUUUCCAGCCUAUGGGAGCCGAGUCUCGAAACUUUCUCGAAUUCCAACACUACCUGUUGACGGAAAUGCCCCGGCUUUUCACGCAAGCGGCCUACGAAUACGCCGGGCAACACAUACAAGAUCAAGUGGUGCUACGGGUUGACGACGUCAACAAGAUCAUUGAAGAUACCCUGCAACAGGCCUACGACACAUGGACAUUACAAGGACGUCUGCUUCCGCCGAACAUCAGCCCAUCCAUCUCGAUGCGCGAGUUCCCGGCUACACCGGCUACACAGGUCGGGCAUUCGACUAGCAUGCCAUCAACAACCUGGUCCGAAACGCCUAUGGCUCCUCCACCAUAUAUCCACGAACAGUCAGCUACUCCCUUGUUUCCCAAUACCUCUGCUCCGGAAUAUGCACUCUUCUCGGUCGCAUCUGAUAUGGACAAUAUGCUUUCCCUCGACGAUCUUGACAUCACUGUCUCCAACCCGGUUGGGUCUGCACCGAGCUACACGAGCAAUGGUUACAUGACAACAGGACCAGAUGUGCAGUAUACUGGUGCUGGUUUCUUUCCUUACGGUACUAAUACGGGCGAAAAUCAGAAUUGGUUCUAAGCCAUUUCUGUCGGUACGUGCGGCACAACCCACCAAAGAAUUAAGAUGAUGGCUAGAAUAGGAGGAGGGAGACAGGGGCUGUUUCCUAUGUUGUCAGCCACAGUAGUCAAUUUGCAGAUUACCGCUCCUUUAGACUCGGGGCAAUCUUGACGGAGCGGCCAGAGCCGGACAAGGUCAUUUGCUGUUUCAUUUCCAGCUUGUGGUGGUUGGUUUGGAUCGAAAGCAGAAACUACAUUUCAUAUUCAAUAGACCGUUGGAGAAGCUCAUCGCCUUGUCCUCUUUUCCUCAGACAUACCGUAUAAUCCUGGGAAAGUCGGUUUCCAGGUUGCAGGGU